AGCAAGAAGUACUAGUACUCAUCCGCCCUCGUUCCUCUUCGUUGAACUCCUCAUACCAGUUUGCAUCACCUUUCCUCGCGUCUCCAUCCUCUGCUGAUAUCCCCAAUUGAGGGCUAUGCCGCCCUUGCUCUGCUCAUGGGUCCGCUGACAAACACGGAAAUGUUUGGCGAUAUCUGGAGCUUGGUUGAAAGAAAACAAUAUCCCCACCAUUUGUGGUGUGGACACACGCGCCCUCACCAAGAAGAUACGGGAGAAAGGUUCCAUGUUAGUCAGGGCCCGUGGCACGAUCCAAACUCUGAAAAUCUCGUCUCUGCAGUAUCAUUAUCGGCUCCCCGAAUUUCUAAACCUACGAAACCUCGUUUUCACCCAAAUUCAUCCGCCGCUCCUUCGCCACGAUCGCAGUCUCCCGCUCCCACUCAUGUUGCAUCUCCAAUAGCUACUUCUCACUCGAGACGUCUAAGUGCGUUAGGCCAGGGCGUGUCCGUAAGAGAUGGCGUCUCAGUCCCUAUAUCCGAGGAUCCGGAAGAGGACAAGUCACCUUCGCCCGCGCUGUUGAAGCAUCGCGUCCGUGAGCCCGUUUUUUACUCUCCUCCCGCAGAGUAUCCCCCAGUCCAACCUCGAGCUCGUCCAUCAGUAGUGCAGCCACCUCUGCGGCGCCCAUUAAUCUCAGCCCCAUCCGAUACGUGAUUUUUUAUAGUACGUAUCACUUGCCCAUCAGAUUCGCAGAUCCACUCGUUUCCAUUGACCAUAUCCACCAAUCAGUCGCUGCAUUGAUAUGCCAUAUCUACUUAGGCACAAGUUGAUCGCUCGGAGCUCUCGUGUCGAAUACAUCCAAUGUUUAUACCUUGAAGAAAAUUCUGGCUAUCGAGUGCAUUCAGCAGCUGGUCGGGCUCAUUUAAAUCGUUG